AUGGUUUUGAGUGAUCACUUUCGGUUUGAAGCAAUUUCUGCCUUUGGCGAGGCGAAAUGGAUUGCUGGUGUUGCUCUCGUCCUAGGAUUCUUCCUUUUCAAGAUUCUAGGCUCGGGAACCAGCGUAAAUGCUGACAUUCCAUUCGUUGGGCUUCAUCUGGGAAGCGUAUCCAAGAGAAAGGCCAAAUACGUUUCUGAUGCGAAUGCUUUACUUACUGAGGGAUAUAAAGUGUUCAAAAAUGGGUUAUUCCAAAUUACGACUACUGAAGGCACUCGCAUCGUUGCUGGUCAGAAAUAUUACCAGGAACUUUGUGAUUUGAAAGACGAUGAGCUUAGCUUCAAGGGAUCAAUUUCUGAUCUAUUUGCUACGCAUUAUACAGGUGUUCUCAUCUCAGACGACCUAAAGGAAACUGCUAUCAAUCGAGAUCUAACCCAAAACAUGGCUAGACUCACGAGUAAAAUUGAGGAUGAGGUGGAAUGGGCUCUCGCAGAUCAGAUAGGAUCUUGCAAAGACUGGAAGCCUGUCGUAAUGAACGAUGUGAGCCAAAAGAUCAUCGCACAUGUGACUGCACGUGCGUUCAAUCCUGAUCUUGCUAGAGAUCCAGACUGGAUUCGUAUCUCUGUGGAUUACUGGAUGGAUGCAUUUGCUGCUGCAAAAACAAUCAAAUUCUUUCCAGUCUGGCUUCGUCCGCUCGCAGCCAAGCUUAUGGCACAGCCUGCCCGUAUGCGUGCUACUAGAGAAGAAGCCCAGAGAUUGGUAAUUCCCGUUCUGAAGCGGCGCUUAGCCCUGCCAGAGAACGAAAAGCCAGAUGAUAUGAUGCAAUGGAUGAUGAACCGCCUGGGGGAUAAGGCUGGUACUCCAGAAGAACUCCACCACCAAGCUCAUCUGCAGUUGGCAUUGGCUAUGGGUGCUAUUCACUCGACCAACUUUACUUUACUUCAUCAAUUUUUUGACCUAGCUGCCUACCAGGAGUAUCAUGAACCCCUGCGACAGGAGUACCGCGAAGCGCUUGAGAAAACAGGGGGAAAACUAACCAAAGCUACUUUGGGCAUGUUAAACAAGCUGGACAGUUUCAUGAAGGAAUCCCAACGUUAUAAUCCACCCGGACUGACCAACGGUCGUAGGAAGACUCUCAAGGACAUCCGAUUGAAUGAUGGAACCAUCAUUCCCCAAAAUUCCAAUAUCGAAAUUGCUGCUAAUGCCGUGAAUCGUGAUCCGGCCAUUCACGAAGACCCAGAUGUCUUUGACGGCUUCCGCUUCUACAAGAUGCGUCAGCGCAGUGAGGAAGAUACAAACCGACACCAGUUUGUUAGCAGCAGUCCCAAUAGUCUGAACUGGGGUUAUGGAAGACAUGCAUGUCCUGGUCGCUUUUUUGCUGUCGAUGAGAUCAAAGUGAUUUUGAGUAAAGUCUUGCAGAAAUAUGAUAUUUCGCUAGUGAAUCCCGGUGAAGGACGGUAUAAAAAUACUAGUUUCGAAACCAUGGUUAUUCCUGAUAUGAAAAAGGAAGUGUUGUUCCGUGAAAGAAAGUAG